AUGCGCUCACAAAUUCAGUUCUUCACUGAGCGCACAGUCUUCAGGGAAACGGGUUUAGCCUUUGCGCAUAGUUCCAUGAAAACAUCCACGCAGGGACCUAGUGAGAGGCUGGAAACAAACUUUCCGCCUGAGGCCAGGAGGAAACCUCUGCCCCGUGCAACUGUGGAGUUGCUGCGAAGACAUCCUUUCUAUCCUUUUGAAACCCUUUCUUCAGACUUAACUCCGGCCCCAAGGAGCCCAACUGAGAAAGCAGGAGCCCGGGGCGCCCUCCAGGGCGCGCAGAAAGCCCGGGGUCCGGGCUCGCGGAGCCACGCAGGCCGCCCUCACGCCCAGGCCGGCCGGACGCCUGCCGGCCUCUCCUGCGCCACUGCCCUCCCUGGACUUGGGAGCGUCCUGGGCUUUGGGCUGAAAACCCCGUGGCCUAGGAGCAGCGGAAGGGCGAGCAGCGGACGAGGCGCGUGGCGCGAGCCGGCCCCAGUCCCCAGCGCGAGGGUAACCUUGGAGGCGCCCCGGCCCUCGGAGAGAGGGGAAAUAUUUCAAAAUUCGAAAUACAAAGAAACCCAUGAGAAAGUCAAGCAAAGAUCACAGAAAGGAAAACUUAAAUCUCAAUCUCAGUGUGUUUUUAUUUCUCGAAAUUUUCAUACUGGAAAAUUCCAAUUACAGGAGGAGCAAAGGAAAAAAGAAGCAGAACGUGUAAAAGCAAUUGAAAAUCACCCUAAAGAUGAACUCCACCAAACAACAAAAAACGUCUGCAACCACCCAGAGACUAGCUCAGCAACCAUCUGCAGCAGUGUUGCAGUAAGCUUAUCAACUUUACCAUCGAAUUCGAAUUCUUAUUGUAGCCAAAGUCUAGAAGCAGCUGAUGACUGGUUUUCUGAUGAUUCUCUAGCAAAAAGGAAUUCUCCAAAGUCUUUACUCACAGAACCUCUUGUGGAAAAAGUCUUUUCAUACUUGUCAACCAUUUCAUUAGAAGAAUAUACUGGAAAUGUAGGGGACACAAUACUUUAUGAUGAUCGAAAUGAUGGCCACAUUAAGGAAAUAUUUGCAGGAAGAAACACAGAGGUCAAUAUAUAAAACUUAACCUAAUGUGGAAUGAUACAUUUUCUCUUUUGAAAUCUUGUGUACACUGAAAUUAGGUAAUUAAAACUGAAUUACCAACUU